UUUUGCAACAUAACCAGAGCUUGCUAUGGCUACCAAAAUCCAUAACAUGUCCGCCGAUGCCGCUCUCGAAAAUGACUGUAGAGACAUUCAUGAUUCUUGGGGUCCGAAGAGUAGUAGGCUGGUUCGAGUUCUUGCUGGUCGAAACUCGAUGGAGAGACAGCAAAUGAGGGGGAUUUACAAGGCAAUCUAUGGUGAAGAGUUGGUAGAAAGACUAGGGACAGUUGAUAGAGCCUUGUCCUUGUGGAUGCUUGAUCCUCACGAUCGGGAUGCUGUCGUCGCUCGAGAAGCACUCGAACCGGGAGGAGCCGAUUUCAAGGCUCUUAUUGAAAUAUUUGUGGGGAGAAAAUCCAGCCAGAUAUUCCUCAUUAAACAAUCUUACAAGGCAAGAUUCAAAAGGCAAUUGGACCAAGAUAUCAUCAACAUAGACCCUCCCCACUCAUACCAAAAGAUUCUUGUAGCGUUGGCUGCCUCACACGAAGCCCAUAAUGCAGAUAUUAGCCAACAUAUUGCAAAGUGUGAUGCUAGAAGGCUUUAUGAAACAGUAAAAGACAGCUCAGGAGCCAUAGAAGAAGCUGUUGUUCUUGAAAUGCUCACGAAAAGAAGCAUUCCACAGCUAAAACUUACUUUUUCUUGCUACCAACACAUCUUUGGACAUGACUUUACAAAGGCACUUCAAAUGCGAAAUUGGGGAGAAUUCGAGAGCUCGCUCCGCACCGUAGUCAAGUGUAUCUUUAAUCCUCCAAAGUAUUAUGCCAAGGUGUUGUACAAAAGCAUAAAGGGUGGAGAAAGUGAUAGGGGAGGAUUGGAGAGAGUACUGUUGGGCAGAGCUGAGGUAGAUUUGGAUGAAAUUCAAAGGGCUUUCGAAGGGAAGUAUGGAAUUCAGGUAAAAGAAGCAAUAUGUGAGAGAAUUUGUCGUGAAGAUUAUAGAGAUUUUCUUGUUGCUUUGGCCACAAAAAGAGCCAACUGAUAUGAUAUGGUACGAGAUUUUCUUAGAAUUCAAUGUAUAUAAUAAUAAUAUAUACUUACUUCAUCCUUCCAUUUUAUAUAUUUAUAUAUGUAAUUUUGAAUUAGAAAUAGCUAUAAAGUAGU